CCUCCACGUGGCACAACAGUUUGGGAAUAUUCGCGUUAAGAUCAAAACCCAGCCUUCUUCGAAUCUCCACCGCUAAGUUGGCCGCGAGAUGGCGGUGAUAGUAGCAAUUCAUUACUGGUAGGUCUCUCGAAGAGAGAGAAACAGCAUAAAUAGAGAGAGAAAAAAGAGUUAACGCCGUACAAGUAGAUCUGCUGAAGAGAGAGAAACUAAUUAUAUAGUCUGUGAAAAAGAAACGCCGUGGAGGCACGAGAAAUGCGUUUCUAGAAAGAGAAGGAAAAAUGAAGACAGAGAUUAAUUGGAAAGCAAAAUUAACUAACUACUACUAUCUGCUCCCCAACAUGACCUAUAUACGUGUAUAAUGUAUAGGCAGUACAGAAAACAGCUGAGGAAAUAGAUCACCGAUCACCGUCAUUGUGUGAUUUAGAAGAAUUCACGAGCUUUUGGUCCUUUAUCAAUUCAGUGUCACCAAGGUAUUGAAUUGUGAAUCGGUCAAAUAAGGAUGCCAGAAAUAGUUUCGAUACAAGAAGAUGAAAAAGAGAAAAGAUCCGAUCAUGAGAUUUCUGAGAAUGAGAAACAGAGAAUUCGAAUGAGAUCUUUGAGGAAGAAAGCAUUAAAUGCUUCAACAAAAAUUACACGCACUCUCAGGAAACGCAGUAAACGGGUGGCUCAUUGUCGGUUUGCUUCAAUUUCCACAGAAGAGUUUCUAGACAAGGAGGAAGAGAAUGCAGUCAAUGCAUUUCGUCAAGUUUUGCUUGACAGAGACCUGCUUCCAGCUCGCCAUGAUGAUUACCAUAUUAUGUUGAGGUUCUUGAAAGCAAGGAAGUUUGACCUUAAUAAGACGGUCCAUAUGUGGGCAGACAUGCUCAAUUGGAGGAAAGAGAAUGGAGUAGACUCUAUUAUACAGGAUUUUGUUUACGAUGAAUCUGAAGAAGUUCGGCGAUAUUAUCCUCAUGGUUACCAUGGCGUAGACAAAGGAGGGAGGCCUGUAUACAUUGAAAGACUUGGCAAAAUUGAACCUAGUAAGCUUAUGAGCGUAACCACCAUAGAGAGGUUCUUAAAAUAUCACAUACAGGGAUUUGAAAAGACUUUUGAAGAAAAGUUUCCAGCAUGUUCUAUUAUGGCCAAGAGACAUAUAGAUUCAACAACAACAAUCCUGGAUGUAUAUGGCCUGAACUGGAUGAGUUUUGGCAAGGUUGCACAUGAUCUAGUCAUGCGAAUGCAGAGAAUAGAUGGCAACAACUACCCUGAGACAUUGAAUCAUAUGUACAUAGUUAACGCGGGUAGUGGAUUCAAAUAUUUGUGGAACUGGGCAAAAGGCUUUCUUGAUCCAAGGACAACUUCAAAAAUACAUGUUCUGGGCACCAAAUUCCAGAAUACAUUGUUGGAAGUUAUAGACUCUAGUCAAUUGCCAGAUUUUCUUGGUGGCUCCUGUUCAUGCCCAAAUGAAGGUGGAUGUCUUAGAUCUGACAAGGGACCCUGGAAUGAUCCAGAGCUUAUUAAGCUGGUACAUGCUUUACAUGCUGGUGAAGCGACUUAUCCAAAAAAAAUUACCAGUUUUUCAGAGGAUGACGAUGAUUUAGAGAUCAAGCUAAUAGGUUCAAAGGACACGGAAAAUGAAAUUGUUCCUGAUGGGCCAGAUUCUGGUUUACAAGUCUCUUCUCACAGUACCAUGCAGACAAUUCCACUUGGUGAUAAUCUGACUCAGGAAACAGUAGGGAGACCUUCAUCUUUACGUGGCAAGAUUGGACCUAAACAUGCGGAUAGAGUUGAAAAUCAUUGUCCUUCAAUAGAUUUGACUAGGCAUGUCCCCGGAAGAAGGCAUGUUCUCAUAGUCAGAUUUCUUGCAUGCAUAUCUUUGUUGCUUUCUGGGCUGGUUAGAAGAUUUUUCACAAAGGCAAAUUCAGAGAACUUAGUGAAAAAUCUGAGAGGAACACAUUCUGCAAAUUCAAAUUCGCAAGAACAACCUGUUUCACGGCCAAAUAGUAAGGAGCUUCUCCAUCCAUGCUGUGAGAAGUUGCAACAUUUAGAGAAUGUCGUCACCGAACUGUUGAAGAAACCUUCAAAAAUUCCCCCAGAGAAGGAUGACAUCCUACUUGAAUCUUUGAAUCGCAUAAAAUCCAUAGAGCACGACUUGCAGAAGACUAAAAAAGCAUUGUUUGCAACCACUUCAAAACAACUAGAGCUUUCUGAGUCAUUGGAGACUCUAAAGGAAUCCAGUCUAAAUGGGACGAGAUCUUGUUGGCUACAAAGCAGCAAGUCGUUACCUCCCAGAACCUGACGCUUGAAGUAUCAAAGAGAAACUCUUUCUUUGAUAUGAACCCCUCUAGGUACUUUUUUUUUCCUUGUGACCUUCCAACCCAAAUUAAGACCAGUAGAUCGGCGUGAUUACUAGUCAGAAGUUCAAUAUGUGGCACUCCACGGGUAAUUCAAGCUUUUUCUUGUUGAAGUUGGAAAUUGUUUAGCCAUGUUCAGUAUAGUUGCCGUUGAAAAUUCAAUAAAUUAGGCUUGAAAUUCUCAGCCACUGGAAGACUUUGGAAAACAGAUGACAGUUAGUAUGCUUGCCACCCAAUUGAUUAGUUGGUAAAGUCUAUUUUACUGAUUUUCAACAUCAACCGUAGUGUUGGCGAGAAGUUACCGAACAAUUUCCAGUGUCAACAUGUCUCUAACUCUCUCUCUUUCUCUCAAUGAUUUUUUUUUUUUCAGGUUUCAACAGUGGCAGUUUCAAGCAUCAAACACAGAUGAAGAUUGCAAUAAAUUGAUAUACCAUACAAUUAUUUGUUCAUAGUUUACAUUUUCUGGAAGCAAACUGUGUAUUCACUUUAAAUCCAAAUUUUGUCAGCUACAGAUAAUCACAUGCAAUAUACUGACAAAGAGUUUGGGGGAAUUUCUCCUGACAUUUCUCCAUGAAUUCUCA